AUGAGGGCCUGGAUGUAUACCCUCCCACUGCUCCUGACGACACUCCUUCCGGGAUGUACGACCGGUCUGCCCAUGCAAGCCCCGGAGCAUCUCAGCCAACAAGCAACAGAAUUGGUAGCGCCGGCCAAGUGUCCAGAAUGUAAGAAGUCGACGAAACGCGAGCACUAUGACCGUCUGCGGCAAGGUGGGGUGCUCUUGGCCCGGAUCCGUCCACUGGAAAAAAUGCUCCGGCGAUCAUUGUCUCACUCCUUGCCCUGUGGACAUGCAUCGUAA